UCGCCCCCCCCUCCUUCCUUCCUCCUCCUCCCCGCCUGCCAGCCAAGCUCGCGCCCCCGCCCCUCCUCCCCCCGCUGCCAGCCGGAGCCGAAGCCGGAGCGGAGCCCGGGCGGCUCAUUGCGGAGCGAAGCUGCAGCCGCGAUGGCCACGACCGUGACCUGCACCCGCUUCACCGACGAGUAUCAGCUGUACGAGGAAAUUGGCAAGGGGGCUUUCUCAGUUGUUCGGCGCUGUGUCAAACUCUGCACUGGACACGAAUAUGCGGCAAAGAUUAUCAACACCAAGAAGCUCUCAGCCAGAGAUCAUCAGAAGUUGGAGCGAGAAGCUCGAAUUUGCCGUCUCCUGAAGCAUUCCAACAUCGUUCGCCUCCAUGAUAGCAUAUCUGAGGAAGGCUUCCACUACCUCGUCUUUGAUCUGGUCACGGGCGGGGAGCUCUUUGAAGACAUUGUUGCCAGGGAAUACUACAGUGAAGCCGAUGCAAGUCACUGUAUCCAUCAGAUAUUAGAAAGCGUAACUUACAUUCACCACUAUGCCAUUGUGCAUAGGGACCUGAAGCCAGAGAACCUGCUUCUGGCCAGCAAAUGCAAAGGAGCGGCGGUGAAGUUGGCAGACUUCGGCUUGGCGAUUGAGGUGCAAGGAGACCAGCAGGCCUGGUUUGGCUUCGCAGGCACUCCUGGCUAUCUUUCUCCUGAAGUUCUACGCAAAGAAGCUUAUGGCAAACCUGUGGAUAUCUGGGCAUGUGGUGUUAUUCUAUACAUCUUAUUGGUUGGGUAUCCGCCUUUCUGGGAUGAAGAUCAGCACAAGCUGUACCAACAGAUUAAGGCUGGAGCCUAUGAUUUUCCUUCUCCUGAGUGGGACACAGUCACUCCCGAAGCAAAAAACCUCAUAAACCAGAUGUUAACCAUCAAUCCAGCAAAGAGAAUCACAGCUCACGAAGCUCUAAAACAUCCAUGGGUCUGUCAACGUUCAACAGUGGCCUCCAUGAUGCACAGACAGGAAACCGUAGAGUGUCUGAAAAAGUUCAAUGCCAGAAGGAAGCUCAAGGGUGCAAUUCUUACCACUAUGUUGGCAACGAGAAACUUUUCAGUGGGCAGACAGACCACCGCUCCUGCCACAAUGUCUGCAGCAGCAGCAGCCUCCGGUGCCACCAUGGGUUUGGUGGAGCAAGCUAAGAGUUUACUGAACAAGAAAGCUGACGGCGUGAAGCCUCAAACAAACAGCACCAAAGGCAGCACCGGAGUUACCAGCCCGAAAGGGACCCUUCCUCCAGCCGCGCUGGAACCUCAAACCACCGUUAUCCAUAACCCAGUGGACGGCAUUAAGGAAUCCUCCGACAGCACAAACACCACCAUAGAGGAUGAGGACACGAAAGUUAAGGCUGCUGAUAAUGAGCUUGUAAAAAGCCAGUUGAAUCCAGGAUCUGUCCCUGAACUUACUCCCAGUCUGCAGACUUCUCCGAUACCAUCUUCUGCUGCUGCUGCUGUUGCUGCUGCUUUACCCAAGCUGACUGAUGUAUUAGGCAUGGUGAAAAAGGGAUCAGGGGUCCCAGAAGCUGAAGAGUCAAAGACUUUGGUCUCUCCACCCUGCAUAUCUCCAGCUGUUGCAAACCCUCUACCUCCCCAGUCGGCAAAGCUUUCUGAUGUAUUAGGCAUGGUGAAACGGGGCUCUGGGCCACCAGAAGCAGAAGAAGCAAAGCCUUCCAUCACUUUGCCCUUCCCUCCUUCUGUUGUUGCAAAUCCUGUUCCUCUCCAGUCUGCCAAACUCUCUGAUGUAUUAGGCAUGGUGAAAAAGGGGUCUGGGCCUCCAGGGGCUGAAGAGUCAAAGCCUUCCAUCCCUCUGCCUAGCCCAUCUCCAGGGGCUGCAAAUCCUCUUCCUUUCCAGUCUGCAAAACUUUGUGAUGUAUUAGGCAUGGUGAAAAAGGGCUCUGGGCUUCCUGAAGGCGAAGAGCCAAAGUCCUCCAUCACCCUUCCAUGCCCACCUUCAGGUGCUGCCAACCCUCUUCCUCCCCAGUCUGCCAAGUUGUCUGAUAUUCUAAGCAUGGUGAAACGGGGCUCUGGAGCCCCAGAAGCUGAGGGGCCACAGCCAGCUGUCACCCAGCUUUUCCCAAUUCCACUCAUCCCAAAUCCUCUGCCUUCAGAUCCCCGCAAGCAGGAAAUCAUAAAGAUUACAGAGCAGCUGAUUGAGGCUGUGAACAAUGGGGACUUUGAGGCAUAUGCAAAAAUAUGUGAUCCAGGCCUAACUUCAUUCGAACCAGAAGCCUUGGGCAACCUUGUUGAAGGGAUGGACUUCCACAGAUUUUAUUUUGAAAACUUGUUAUCUAAGAACAACAAGCCCAUUCACACAACCAUCCUGAACCCUCACGUGCACGUCAUUGGGGAAGAUGCAGCCUGCAUUGCCUACAUCCGCCUGACGCAGUACAUUGAUGGGCAGGGCCGCCCUCGCACUUGCCAGUCGGAGGAGACCCGCGUCUGGCACCGCCGCGAUGGCAAGUGGCAGAAUGUCCACUUCCACUGCUCGGGAGCACCUGUGGCACCACUCCAGUGAAGAGCUAAUGCUGGAUAUUCUGGUUUCAUCUCGAAGGAGACGGUGAUUUGAGCUGAGCCGCUAGCCGGGAACAGCGGUGACAAGCACGUGCCCGCAUGCUCGUGUCCCCCUCCCCCCCCCCCCGUUCCCCAUCCUCUCCUCUUUCAUUUCCAGUGCCUGUGUUUGCAGAAAAAA